AAUUGCAGUAUAAAUAUAAAUCGAAUAGAUGAGGCAAAAGGCAAGCAAAGUUUUUGUUAUACAAACUGCAAAUUCGCAAGUAGUAAAAGAUAAUAUUUGUGAUUCAAACUGAAAUGGAUUCAACGGGGAAGAUGAAGAGCUCGUGGAACAUGUACAUUGAAGAAGCACUUCCAAAGCUGGAGUCUCGCAAUAUGUUUACGCCUCUAAGGCCCAUGAAUAUACCCAUUGCAGGAGAAGGAGCAGGAGAAGGAGAAGGAGCUCAAACCAAGUUCGAUGAAGAUGAAUAUCAAACAUACGAUGAGAUUCAGCCUUGGGAUCGACUUGCUGCUCAAAUUGAACUCCCACAUUCUUUCUUCCAACGAUUAUUGAAUGGAGUUGAGCUUGUCAGCAAAUAUGAACUCCAAGAAAAUGAAAGAAUAUGUUCAAACCAGGAGACGGAGUACAAGAAGCUUAUUCUAUUCGCUGGAAAUGAUUUCUUGGGUUUGAGUAGGCAUCCCACCAUUGCAAAAGCAACUGCCAAGGCAGCGGUGGAACAGGGAACUGGUCCAAGGGGAUCUCCACUCAUCUGUGGAUAUACCAAUUAUCACAUGGCACUGGAAUCCAGCUUGGCGAAGUUAAAGAAGAAAGAGGCUUGCCUUCUUUGCACAUCAGGCUUUGGAGCCAAUAUGGCGGUGAUGGUUGCAAUCGGAAGUAUUGUGCCGGUGUUAUGUGAAGGAAGGAGGCCAACAAAGGAAGAAAAGGUUUCCGUAUUCUCUGAUGCACUUAACCAUGCCUCCAUUGUUGAUGGCCUUAAACUCGCUGAUCGACUUGGAGGAGUUGAAUUAUUUAUGUAUAAACACUGUGACAUGUCUCAUCUCGAUGCACUCCUAACAAACUGUAAAAAUACGAGAAAAGUGGUGGUGACUGAUAGCUUGUUCAGUAUGGAUGGAGAUAUUGCACCCAUGGCUGAGCUGGCUCAGCUUCGCAAGAAGCAUGGGUUUUUGUGGGUCCUUGAUGAUGCUCACGGAACAUUUGUUUGGGGGAAGAAUGGAGGGGGACUAGCUGAGGAAUUCAACUGUGAGUACGAUGUGGACAUAUCCAUUGGCACAUUGAGUAAGGCAGCAUCUUCUCUGGGAGGGUUCGUAACUUGCAGCAAAAUCUGGAAACAAUGGAUCCAAUCAAGGGGUCGCUCUUUCAUAUUUUCAACAAUUGCACCUGUUCCCUUAGCUGCUGCCUCUUAUGCAUCGGUGGUGGUUGCAAAGAAAGAAACAUGGCGUAGAAGGGAAAUCCAGAACCGAAUGAAGGAGUUGCAAGCUCUCACUGGAAUCCCAGUCAAAAGCCAGAUAGUAUGCGUCAUUAUUGGAGAUAUGAUGCAGGCUAUUAAAACCAACCAUGAAUUGCUUAAAUCCGGUUUCUAUUGCGUGGCUGUCGGACCACCAGCAGUCGCUCCGAAUACAGCAAGGUUACGGUUGACUCUCACUGCUGUACACACAUCGGAAGAUAUAAAAAGGCUUGCUGCAAUAAUAUCAAAGUACGUCAAGUUUCAAGUUCCCAGAAGCAGCAAUUGCUCCGAUUAUAUAACACCCAGACUUUAGCUUAUGUGUUGUAUCGCAAACAUGGGCUUCGUAUUGUUUUAUCACCAAACAAAAUAACAAUGGUCUUAAACGGCUAGACCUAAGUACUUGAGUUUCUCAA